UGGCAGCAUCUCAUCCAUGGAGGUGAACGUGGACAUGAUGGAUCAGAUGGAGCUGAUCAACGUCUCGGACCAGGAGGCCUUAGAUGUGUUCUUCAGCUCCAGUGGAGAAGAGGGGUCCAUGACCUCCCCGCUGCCAGUCCAAGGAAACAACAACAAUGGGGAGGUCAUCAACAAUGGACUCUUUCGACAUGUCCUCGAGGGUCUUGAUGCCAAGUCCCGCAUGUCGUCCACGUCUUCAAACUCCUCCUCGGACCGCCAGAGUCUGGACGCCCACCGAGGAGAAAUCUGCGAAGUCAGGUCAGAAGAUGAGAAAACACACACCAGCACAAUCAAGCGGAGAGCCGUGCCUCCUGAGAUGGAGAGAGUGAUGAGUCAUACUCCAUCAGCAUCUUCGUAGGACGCGCCCUCUCCACCUGCAGCACCUAGAUUACACUCCCGGCAGGUGGUGAAAAAUGGACUUCUGGAUGAGAGCCAAUAAAAGAGCCUCCACAAACUGGCUCUUCUCACUGCUUUCAAGCUUUCCAUUUGAUUUAUGAGUUAUAGGGUUGGGUUCUGUGUGUGUUUUCGAGACUGUAAAUACUGGGAUUUCUUAUUAACCCUCAACUAUUUCUAUUCAUGUUUUGGCAUGUUGUAACGGACGUGAUUUGUUGCCCUGUUGUUGACCUCACUGGACCUGUUGACGAUGAAUGAUGACUUAAGGUACAUUUGGCAAAACACCACCGUGUUUCUAAUAAUUAACAAAACAGUUCCUGGUUAUUUGAAGGUGUUUCAGGAAAGGUAGUGAUAAGUUUUCUUCCAUGGAAACUUGAUGACGCUACAACCACAACCUGUGAACCAGAACCAAAAAAACACUGGCUAUUAUUUGUGUGAGACGUUACUAUGUAUGUUGAGUUAUCAUCGUUCAAACUUUGUUUGUAUAGCACUUCUCAUACAAUUAAAAUGUAGCGCAAAGUGCUUCACACUGUACAACAACCCUAUCCCCCUCUAUGCACACACAAAGCAAUUAAUGGGUUUGUAAUAAUAAAGAAACUCAAAAAUA